AUAAACUCUUUCGCUACAGCACCAGGAAGUAAAAAGUACUGGAUAUUUGAUAUUUUCUAAGUUUCCUUUGGACGGAUUUCGCGCACGUGCUCCUCGCGGCUGUCAUUGAUAUAACUAGUGUUUGAACCAUAGACUGUAUAUAAAAAGGUUUGAACUAGCGGUCGAAAGUGUCUUCUGCGGAAUGGCCAGUUCAUAUCCAAGUGUGUCCGAGCUUGUCUCGGGCGCUCGGCGUUUGUAUGAGCAGGUCUUCGGGGAAGAGGCUCCGCAGGCGGCGGUGUGUGCUCCUGGAAGAGUGAACCUGAUAGGGGAGCACACCGACUACAACCAGGGAUUUGUACUUCCAAUGGCGCUGCCCCUGGUGACAGUGGUGGUAGGGAGUCAAACAUCUGGCAAGGAUGUUACCGUGGUAACAGCAACCGAGGAUGCUGAUGAGCCUCGGCGGGUGGACUUCAGUCUGCCCACUGAUGGAUCACUGCUGUCUCCAGGGUUACCCCGCUGGGCAAACUAUGUGAAGGGCGUCAUACAGCAUUACAGGGCUCCUCCGGUCUCUGGCUUCAGGGCAGUCGUUGCCAGCAGUGUCCCCCUGGGAGGAGGUCUGUCUAGCUCUGCCUCUCUGGAGGUGGCUUUCUACACAUUCCUACAGCAACUCAAGCCAGAUGAUGGAGACAAGGUGUUGAAAGCAGUUGCCUGUCAGCAGGCAGAACACACUCAUGCUGGUGUACCCUGUGGCAUUAUGGAUCAGUUUGUGUCUGUUCUUGGCAGGGAGGGGCACGCCUUGCUCAUUGACUGCAGGUCCAUGGAGGCCACCCCUGUCCCUCUGGCAGAUUCAGGCCUGGUCAUUCUCAUCACAAACUCCAAUGUGAAACACUCUCUGACCGGCAGUGAGUACCCCAUGAGACGCAGACAGUGUGAGGAGGCUGCCUCCAUCUUGGGGAAGGACAGUCUCAGAGAUGCUACCAUGAAGGACCUGGAGGAGGCAAGGGGCACAUUGGAUGAUGUAAUCUAUCGAAGAGCUCGUCAUGUGAUUGAGGAGAUAGACAGAACUGUCCAAGCUGCUGAAGCCCUGAAGAGAGGAGCCUACAAAGAGUUUGGCAAGCUUAUGGUGGAGAGCCACAACUCCCUGAGAGACUUGUAUGAGGUGAGCUGCAGAGAGCUGGAUGAGCUGGUGUCUGCAGCCAUGGAGGUGGAGGGCGUGUUUGGCAGCCGGAUGACGGGUGGAGGAUUCGGCGGAUGCACUGUGACUUUGCUGCAGGCCCAUGCCAUCGACAGGACUAUACUCCACAUACAGGAGCGAUACAGCGGAACCCCGACUUUUUAUGUCACAACGCCUUCAGAGGGAGCUCGGACGCUCAGUCUGUCCUGACCUCAACACAUCUCUGCUAUAUGAGCACAACGGAUACCACUGUAUAGGCUUUAUUAUUUGAUUUUGAUUUUCCCAGUGAAAAUGAUAUGCCGUUGAAAUGCAGAUUGGAUCUGAUUGAAAAGCACCUGUUAAUGUGGGAAAGUGCCUUCACAGUAAAACAAUGCUGUCUGGUAACAUUUUUAUAAUUAGAUUUUUAUGUCUCAGAUACGCACGCAGUGCUUUGUCAUCUAGAUAACUUGCAAGAGCUGUUUAAUUAUGACUUACAUACUUUCUGGGCUUACUGUAAAAAUACAGGCUAAACUUCUUAUUUCCCUAUGACUUCUGUGGAAUAAAUUGUGUUCAUAAAAUAUGAAA